CAUUAUGGGGCGGCGAUGGUUUUCAGGCAUAGGCGGACGGACGUCGAACAGCAGCGGCAGCAGCGCUUUUACUGAAGCUGUGACUCACCUGAGAGAGCCAGGCAGUGGCGGACAGGGGGACAGACCAGCACCAGCCUCACAUCCAGCGGACUGAGAAAUAAGCCAGCAGGGCUGUAAAACGGAGCCAUGGUCCAGAACAGCCUAAUGAGCACUGCGGAGGACGUGGCGGAUCAGUUCCUGCGAGUGACAAAACAGUACUUGCCUCAUGUAGCACGACUUUGUCUGAUCAGCACCUUCCUGGAAGAUGGCAUCAGAAUGUGGUUCCAGUGGAGCGAACAGAAAGAGUACAUUGAGAGCUCGUGGGGAUGUGGAUUCUUCCUUGCCUCACUCUUCGUCUUAAUAAAUUUACUGGGGCAGCUGGGUGGUUGCAUACUGAUCCUCAGCAGGAAUUUUGUACAGUAUGCCUGUUUUGGAUUGUUUGGAAUCAUUGGCCUGCAGACUAUUGCAUACAGCAUUUUGUGGGAUCCAAAGUUUUUGAUGAGGAACCUUGCAUUAGGAGGUGGUCUUCUGCUGCUGCUGGCCGAGUCCAAAUCAGAGGGCAGGAGCAUGUUUGCUGGAGUGCCGACGAUGCGGGAGAGCUCCCCUAAGCAGUACAUGCAGCUCGGUGGUCGCGUACUGCUGGUGCUCAUGUUCAUGACCCUCCUCCACUUCGACGCCAACUUCCUUUCUAUUUUGCAGAACUUGGUGGGCACAGCUUUGAUCAUCCUGGUGGCGAUCGGCUUCAAGACCAAGCUGGCCGCUCUCACUCUGGUCGUCUGGCUCUUUAUAAUCAACGUCUCCUUCAAUGCCUUCUGGAACAUUCCAACUUACAAACCCAUGCACGACUUCCUCAAGUACGACUUCUUCCAGACCACGUCGGUGAUCGGAGGCCUGCUGCUGGUAGUAGCUCUGGGCCCUGGUGGAGUUUCAAUGGACGAGAAGAAGAAGGAGUGGUGAGAGUGGGCAGAUCUCAAAUGGCUGUCUUGCUCACUCUGUAGUGUGUUCUGAGUUCUCACUCAAAGCAAGUGCACUAUAUAGAGUGGUGAGCAGUUUGAGACGUGACCUCUAGUGAAGGACCCCUGGAACCAACAAAAUGACCCACUCUGUACUUCUGCAGCCCAAGCACUGUCUUCACUUUCUCUGGUUUCAGUGUGUCCUUUCUGUCCGGUUUAUUUUAAUGAGAACUUUUUAGCCUUUUGUUUUUUGUUAUAUUUAUUAGCACCAAACGUGGCCAAAACUUGUUGUUCAUUUGUUAAUUAAUUCUGUUUAUUCAUAAACGGUUUGAAAUAUUUACGGUUUAACAGCUAAUUUUACCCCUUUCAUAUGUUUUCAUUUGUGGUGCCAACUGCAGUCCACUGACCAAAGAAACAUUCCAUUUUCUACUUUUUAUUCUUUAUUUAAAGAAUCGUGGCUGUUCUGAGGAGUUUUAUCUGAAAGAUAAAGAUACAUAAUUGGAAAAAAAAAUACAGAUUUUACUUUUGUUGGAUGUUCAGUAAUGGGUCAUUGUGAUUGGUUAGUGUGUAUGAUCACUAGGGUGUUCCAGAACAUAUUUCCUUGCUGCGCUGGCAUUUAUAACACACUGGUUGACUUCUGUAGGGCUCAGUGAGUAAAGCUGCCUGUGCUAAUAUCAGCUCAGGUCUAUUACAGACAGGAAUCUAGAGUUUGAUACAGAAUUGGAACCAUGUUUGUGUGUUUAUUUUCAUUUAUUUAAAAAAAUAAUAAAAAUAAGGGGGUACGUUAUAGAUAUGAAACAUGGAUCACCCUAAAUGGCCUUUUAGAAGCUCUUUUUAAAAUUGUUUUUAUUAUUUUUUUCACAUUUCAUUUGGAUUUGAAUAUGUUGACAUCUUAUGUCAGUAUAUGGAAUUAUUAAUUGUAUGUAUACUGUCUGUUGUCAGGUCACUUUAAAGUUUACAAGUAGCUGAAUUAUAGUAUUUUUCAAAACAAGCAGAGCAGGACGUUCGAUGAAUGAAACCCUGUGAUUUGUCACUCAGUGUUUUUCCUCUUUGUACAAGAAAAAAAAACUGUUUUCUAAGUGUCUUAAAUAUAUGUUUUGACAACUAUAAAGGGAAAAUAAAACUCUUAAAAAAUCUAAUAAA